CCGGAAGCUCAUGAAUAUAAGGAAUGUCAAUGCAGUCGACAGGGAUGUGAUUACUGACAGCGAGCUUAUAACGUGUUCACGGACAAAACUAACAUCACAGAGAGUUUAUAAUGAUGUCCGAGCGAUGGUCAGAUAAUGGGGUAACUUGGACGUAGACAGUCCGGACAUCCGGCCAGGGGGGUCACCAUGACAACUGAGGACCUUCUACAGGCCAACCAGGUGGUCAAGGACCGCUGGAAAGUGGUUAGGAAGAUCGGAGGUGGAGGCUUCGGUGAAAUCUAUGACGGCAUUGAUCAGGUGACCAAAGAGAAUGUUGCCCUCAAACUGGAAUCAGCGAAACAGGCGAAGCAAGUGCUCAAGAUGGAGGUGGCUGUCCUCAAGAAAUUACAGGGACAUGACCAUGUGUGUCGGUUUAUCGGCUGUGGCCGAAACGAGCGGUACAAUUACGUGGUGAUGACCCUCCAAGGUAAAAACUUGGCAGAGCUACGACGGAGCCAGUCACGGGGAUGCUUCACGCUCAGUACGACACUUCGCCUUGGCGCCCAAAUACUCAAAGCCAUUGAGGCAAUACAUGAAGUUGGCUUCCUCCACAGGGAUAUCAAACCAUCUAACUUUGCCAUGGGCAGACUACAGAAGGACAGUAAGAAGGUGUUUAUGUUAGACUUUGGUCUGGCACGACAGUACACCACUCCAGCCGGAGACGUACGCCCACCAAGGGCGGCAGCUGGCUUUAGGGGAACAGUUCGUUACGCUUCAGUGAAUGCACACAAAAAUAAGGAAAUGGGUCGCCACGACGACCUGUGGUCACUGUUCUACAUGCUCGUCGAGUUCCUGGCGGGUCAGUUACCAUGGCGUAAGAUAAAGGACAAGGAGCAAGUGGGUAAUAUGAAGGAGAAGUAUGACCACACACAGCUGCUGAAGAACAUGCCUAACGAGUUCCGAUCAUUCCUUGAGCACAUUCUCAGCCUAGAUUACUUUAACAAGCCUGACUACAGUCUGUUACACAACUUAUUUCAACAGUGCAUAAAACGCAAGGGCAUCAAGGAACCAGAUCCGUAUGACUGGGAGAAAAUCUACACUGAUGGAUCUGUCGCUACGACAAUCACAACUUCACCUCCUAUAGGGAUCAAGGCCACACCAGGAGCAGGAGUGUUGCCGGGUGGCCCUCACACAGCUGGCCAUGGAGCCACAGAAGCUGUUGAUGUCAAUCUCAGCUACAACCAAGAGGACGGUGAACAGGAGGAACGCAAGCUCAAGGAAGGACAGUACAUCCUGGAAAACAAGAACCUACAUGACAUAGACAAUCGACUGCGCGAGGAGGUUGGGGAUAUCGUGCUGGUGCCUCGUAAUCAAAAUGUUAACCAUUUAGAGGCAGAGGAGAAACACCAAAUGGAGCAACUGGUUCAGGAGGAUAACGUGGCCCCACAGGUUUAUUCUGUUGACCCAGAUGAGCGAGGAAACACUGGUGAUGUUCCACCACAAGAUCAGCCCGAUGCACCAAAAACAUCUGGUCUUGAUGUACUUGCAGAUCAACUAACUCGCAUCCUUAAACAAGAUGGGGAAAAAAUGGAGGGUCGGCCUGUACCACGGGAACAACCCCACGAUCAAGUUGGCCCUGGUAUAAGAUUUUCUGAGGAGAUCCUGCCAGACAUGCGGGAACGAGAACAGCACUCCAGUGGUGAGAGACGCCAUAGUAAAGGACGUUACCAUGAAAACCAGCUAUUUAAGGAAAUAAUAGAUCGUAAAGUGCACUCGGCUGCUGUGUCCAACAGAAAAAACAGCCUUGUUGGUGACGAGGAGGCAUCGAACAACCCGGAGUAUCAGCCAGACCCCCUCGCCAGUCGGGCCAUCACCUUCGCUCUCAUGCAGACAGAGGAGAAAACCCACACAGCAGCCGAUGAAAACAUUGAUGAGAAUGCCACAAGGGCAGCACCAUUUACCGUCGCGAGUCAGUGGGGUGCGGUAUCGGCAUUCGGCUCCGAUUCCAACAAUAGUGAUGCUGAUGAUGAGAGUGAAGGCGACGAUGGUAACGACUUGAAAUUAAAACCAUCGCAUAAAUCACGGCGAGGGUUGAUGAACACAUUAGCUGACGAAGAUGAUCUUCGUUUGGACAGCAUUGUUAGGAAUUCGUUAGUGCUACAUGACGCAGACCGUGAAUCACAGGAAAUUCUCCGUAAUUCUCUUGUGUUUCUCGACGAUGAUGCUGAUCAUGGUCAACAAAGAGAAAAAAGUGACUCAGGAUUUCAUUUUAGGAAUUUAUCAGAUCGAAAACAUUCCAGUAGUAGUUUACAAUUUCUCAAUGUACAAGGGAAUGAGAGGACUACUGAUAGCCCGUUAGAGAAAUCCCAAUCUGUAGACAGUAUACAUAGUAAAUUAUCUAGUCCCAGUAGAAUGCCUGAAAAACUAGCCAAGGAAAUAGGCAAUCUGAUAUCCUCUCCACUCAGUAGUCCUUCAAAACAUUUAUUUAAAGGAAAAGACAGUCUGAGUGAUAUUAAAAAAUUAGCUUCCCUAAGUCACCUAAAACCGGUGGGUAAGCCACCUGCUCCCCACUAUAUCUCCGCUCGUAACCACAACACAGAUAAAAGUGCUAUACCCGACACCAACAAAAAACCUGUGCUAUAUCCUAGUUCUGUUAAAACAUUAAGUGAUUCCUCUAAACAGUUGGAUAAUAAAACUGCCAAUAGUGAUGAUGUGAAGGUAAAAAAGAUCAAAGUAGUAGAUAAACAUGAUAAAGGUGGCAUACCGGAGAGACGUGACGUUGUAACUCCAGAACGACGUGCCUCAGAUGGUGGACGCACCGGGAAGAGUAUGAAAAUGUCAACCAUUCCCGAGGAUCAAAACAGCGAAAACAAAUCAGGAGGACCUAAGUCAAGUAAAAGUGCAGACCAAAUCCAUACAACCAAAUCUACUGCCAGUGACAACAGUACGCUAUGCAAGGAUGACAAAGUGCCAAGUCAAACGGAUAAUAAGAUCAGCAGAAAGGACACCAGCUCACAGAAAAAGGAUCUCAAAAAGGAAUCUAGUGUACACAAAAAAGAUUCUAGUUCACAAAAAAAGGAAUCUAGUAUUCUCAAAAAAGAUCCCAUCUCAAAACGCCAGCAGAAGCGUAGGUCAUCGUCAGCAUCACGUGUAUCGGACCGCACUGCUAUGGAGCUUCGCGAAGCUUUGUCAUCAAUUACCCCUGACCCUAAUGAGAAUCCAGAGUCAGACAGCUCCAGGGUACCCAAACCACCGCCAGGACAACCUCCAAAAAAUGCUGUCACGUAUGCAAGAUCUUUGGACCAAGAGGAUCCCAGCACAGAAGUCACCGAGCCCCAGGGAGCCACAUUGAGUUACCAUGGUGAUGAUGAGGAUUCAGGAUAAAUAUGAGAAACUCUACUUAAUUACUGUCAUGACAUCAUGCCACCGCUUGUGAAAUGUUGGUCAAAUAUAGCACUGGUUGUUAAUAUUCUCCGGUUACUGAUGUCUCAAAACAUUGAUGGUUAUUCCAACUUGUUUAAAGGUCACAAUAUCAGAGAUCUGAAGACCAACACCGCUCACAAUAAUCAUGGAUACAGUUUUCAUCAUGGGGGUUUGUCCAAAUGGCUUUGGGUGUGACUUGUCACUGAACUUGUGCUGCCAUCUUGUGAUAUCAAAGAAGAAUUGUGAUAAAAUGGGCAGACAACUGAAUUUUCCUCCUCUCAUACUCUCAACACUAAUGAAAAUACUCUGUUUGUGCAAUAACUGUUUGAUAGUGUGAGACCUGCCUUAAUGUUACAGGAUACAUGUGUGUGGCAUCAGUGUUUGGUGGUGGCCUCAACUUCUUAUUUCAUUUGAGUUACCACUGCUUUGAUAAUAUCCAUGUAGGCUUUCGAUCUAAUCAGGGAUUUUACCAACUAGACAACAUUCAUGGCAAUGUAGAACCAGAAUGAAGGACGUAUCUCACUUUGUUUACCAAGUUCAUAAUUAACAAUUUUUUUUUUUUUCACUGGUAUAGAUUUCUCAGUCGGCAUUAUCAAAAGAUAAAUUGUUUUAUCAUUAUGAUUUUACAUCUGCAGUGACAAGUUUUAACAAAUUCUAUUUAUGACUAAUGACAUUUCCAGUCAGUGUACAAUCUUAACCUUCACAUAGACCAGGUUCACUGUGAUUUGCAUUUUGCACUUUACUUCAAUUUUAUUGUGGUUUUCACAGUUCUGCUGGAUUGUGUUCAGACUGGAAGUGUAGGCAAAAAAUAGAGCCAUCGUUUAGUAAAGAGAACUGUUGAACAUGACUUUUGGGUCAAAUUAUGCAUCAAGGCAACCCAGUGUGUCGUAUAGUUGAUGUAAAAUGUUCGAGAAGCAUUUAUAAUGACCUGUAAUCGGAAACCUGUUUUCAGUUUCAAAUUGUUGUUUCUUAAAAUUUUAAGUGGAUUUUAAAAUUAAGAAUAAUUUGAUGAGCUGAACACUUCUGGGUGAGAUGAGUGUAAUUUGUGACAUCAGUUUCCUGGGACUCCCAGCCAAUAAAAGGCGUAUGUUUUAUAAUGUACUAGAUCACCACAAAUAAAUAUCUCAAUGAUGAUCUCAUAAUGAGAUCUUUUAUAUACUACAAUGUCCUUUUUCACAAUCUUUUUUCAAGUUGAUGAUACUAUUUAUAUCUGCUACAGGGUCCAAAUGCCUUUAAACUAUGUUCCAUGUAUAUCCAUGUUUAAUAGGAUUAUAGGAUAGUUUAAAAGUAUACCCAAGUUGCAAUAAUUUGUUUAUAAUGUACACAAGAUUUUACAAAAUUAUUUGAAUUGAGAUUCUGUGUACUUUGAGUACUAAUGAGUGCCCUGUUUUCUUACAAGUAUUGUGUAUUCCUCAAUCACUGGUCUGAACUCCUUAGGUUCUACUAUUUCUAUCGCUUAGAUUGCUAUGACAACACUGUUAGAAAGGAUGAACGUUUUAUAGUAUAAACCCAUUUUGGAUAGCAAUUUAUUCAAUCAACAUGUCACCAACCUGCAAUGUUCAAAUUAUCCGAUCAUAGCUUUUCAAAAUCAAGUUUAAAAUUAGUAUAAAACAGCCUAGCGAUCACUUUUGUAUUGUACAAAUGUCACAUUAGUUAAUGUAACGAGAUGUUUUAUACUAGCUGCUAAACAUUAUUAUUUUCAUUAUCAGUUGAUUUUCACCAAGUUCAAUUUGAAGUUUUCCCAAAUGCAAUACAGCAUACAAAAAGUAAUUAUACAUAUGUCAGGUGAUCCCUAAUGAGCGGCCAUCAUCAGGUUGAAUGACCAAAUCAGGUGUGUUGGUGACACUGGAUCAGGUGUGUUGGUGACACUGGAUGUUGAAUCAGGUGUGUUGGUGACACUGAAUGCUGAUGCAGGUGUGUUGGUGACACUGAAUGCUGAUUCAGGUGUAUUGGUGACACUGAAUCAGGUGUGUUGGUGACACUGAAUGCUGAUUCAGGUGUGUGGGUGACACUGGAUGUUGAAUCAGGUGUGUUGGUGACACUGAAUGCUAAUUCAGGUGUGCUGGUGACACUGAAUCAGGUGUGUUGGUGACACUGAAUGCUGAAUCAGGUGUGUUGGUGACACUGAUUCAGGUGUGUUGGCGACACUGAUUCAUGUGUGUUGGUGACACUGAAUGCUGAAUCAGGUGUGUUGGUGACACUGAUUCAGGUGUGUUGGUGACACUGAAUGCUGAUUCAGGUGUGUUGGUGACACUGAACCAGGUGUGUUGGUGACACUGAAUGCUGAAUCAGGUGUGUUGGUGACACUGAGUCAGGUGUGUUGGUGACACUGAAUGCUGAAUCAGUUGUGUUGGUGACACUGAAUCAGGUGUGUUGGUGACACUGAACCAGGUGUGCUGGUGACACUGAACCAGGUGUGUUGGUGACACUGAAUGAGGUGUGUUGGGUGUCACUGAACCAGGUGUGUUUGUGACACUGAAUGCCUAUUCAGGUGUGUUGGUGACAUUGAACCAGGUGUGUUGGUGACACUGAACCAGGUGUGUUGGUGAAACUGAACCAGGUGUGUUUGUGACACUGAAUGCCUAUUCAGGUGUGUUGGUGACAUUGAACCAGGUGUGUUGGUGACACUGAAUCGGGUGUGUUGGUGACACUGAAUCAGGUGUGUUGGUGACACUGAACCAGGUAUGUUGGUGACACUGAAUUAGGUGUGCUGGUGACACUUAAUGCUGAACCAGGUGUGUUGUUGACACUGAAUCUGGUGUGUUGGUGACACUAAACCAGGUGUGUUGGUGACACUGAAUCAGGUGUGUUGGUGACACUGAAUCAGGUGUGUUGGUGACACUGAACCAGGUGUGUUGGCGACACUGAAUCAGGUGUUGGUGACACUGAACCAGGUGUGUUGGUGACACUGAACCAGGUGUGUUGGUGACACUGAAUCAGGUGUGUUGGUGACACUGAACCAGGUGUGUUGGUGACAUUGAAUCAGGUGUGUUGGUGACACUGAAUUAGGUGUGCUGGUGACACUUAAUGCUGAACCAGGUGUGUUGUUGACACUGAAUCAGGUGUGUUGGUGACACUUAAUCAGGUGUGUUGGUGACACUGAACCAGGUGUGUUGGUGACACUGAAUCAGGUGUGUUGGUGUCACUGAACCAGGUGUGUUUGUGACACUGAAUGCCUAUUCAGGUGUGUUGGUGACAUUGAACGAGGUAUGUUGGUAACACUGAACCAGGUGUGUUGGUGACACUGAAUCAGGUGUGUUGAUGACACUGAAUCAGGUGUUGGUGACACUGAACCAGGUGUGUUGGUGACAUUGAACAAUGUGUGUUGGUGACACUUAAUCAGGUGUGUUGGUGACACUGAAUGCCUAUUCAGGUGUGUUUGUGACACUGAAUGCUGAUCCAGGUGUUGGUGACACUGAAUGCCUAUUCAGGUGUGUUGGUGACACUAAAUGCUGAUUCAGGUGUGUUUGUGACACUGAAUGCUGAUUCAGGUGUUGGUGACACUGAAUGCCUAUUCAGGUGUGUUGGUGACACUGAAUGCUGAUCCAGGUAUUGGUGACACUGAAUCAGGUGUUGGUGACACUGAAUGCUGAUUCAGGUGUUGGUGACACUGAAUCAGGUGUGUUGGUGACACUGAAUGCUGAUUCAGGUGUUGGUGACACUGAAUGCUCUAAAUCUAUUUUUAGUUUCUAUUUUCCGAAAUGAAACCAACCUAUGGUUUUUAAUUAGGUGAAGUUCACUUUCCUCGACAGCACCACCACAAUCACAUUGGAAACGAUGUUGGCUUUUGAAUAAUCAACCCUUCAAUUCAGCAAUGAAGACAUUAUUGUGAUGAAUAUAUAAAUGCAUUUUUAUUGCAAUGUAUAUCAGAGUACAUUAUUGACACUGAAAAAUAACUUUUAUAUAUCUGGUCUGGUUGGGACAUGGAGACGCACUAUAUGUAUUGUUUGGUAAUUUCAAGGAUUAUCCUACAAACAUUGUAUGGAGGCUGAUAAUAGGCUCUGCCUGAUGACUUUUGCAUUUGUUAUUACAUCUGUACCAUUAAACAGAGGCUUUAUGAUAACCUCUCUUUUAAGACAUUUCCCUGUCCAUGUCAGAUUUACUUUCUUCUUGAAAACAAAAUGUGCACUUAAGAUGCCGACAGUGUCAAGAUGAACAAAAAAUCUUUUAAAUGUCUGAAAAUAUCUGCUAGCAUUGUGUUCUAUUUGGUAGUCGGUAUGGACCAUGUCCAUUUCCCAUACUUUUCUGUUAUCGCCAUGCUGAUACUGUGUUUUGUUACGACUCUAUUAUGUGUUCACUAAGCCAAAUAUAUUUGGUCAUAAAAUGCAAUUAACUCUUAUAAGAUUUAACAAUGUUAAAUGGUUACAAUAUGUGAUUUAGUGAAAGUUCCUAUAGAUAGCUUUGUAUGCGUAUAUUGUUGGUAUAUUAUUAACAAGACGAGAAAUCUGGGAUGGAUGAAUGUUUACGUGUAGUGUGUUGGUGUGUGUGGAGGAUGUCAUACACAAAGUAUAUACAUGUAUGGUUCAUUGUAACGCUUCGCCGACAACCUGACGAUUAAUGGUGAACAUUCACUAAAAUUUAAAAGAUAAUUUGAAAGGAAAUUGUUUUCUGUUUUAUGCCAAUACUGACCAGUGGAUUGUCACUUGUUGAAACAGCAUUUAUUGUCAAGCUUAUAAACAGUAAUUAAAUGUUUAUUGCCAUACUACCUUUUUUCUAAGACAUUUAACCUGUGCUUAGUGUACUUUGUACCAAGAUGUUCUGCCUACAAGAGAGGAUGGAUGUGCGACAUUGAUGAUUGGUUCUCAAGUAGUCUGUAAAAUCUUGCUUAGGAGUUUGGUUAUUAAUUAUCCUUUUUAUUUACUAUUCUAGGAAUCUGCUUGUGAAGCGGUUAAGAUCACUUUUGGUAUGACCACAAUUUUUAAAUGGUUGGGAUAGCUUCCACAGUUUUUAUACACUCGUGCCCAUUGGGACAAAACCAAUUUUAUUUGCCCAUGAUAAAGGACAUUUUAAUCUCGUGUAUUUCUAAUGAAGGCAACAACCACUUCAUUAAAGGUUUUGUUUAACACGUUAUGACUUAAAUCUUCAUGGCAUGAAGUUAUACUAUAAAAGCUUGUGUAAUUAGCCAGGCAUACACAAACGUCAAGAUGAUGGGCAUAAACAUCCUGGCAUUUUCUAAUCCAGUCAGCAGGAUCCAGGCAUUCUUCAUUCUUUAGAAUAUUUAGAAUUAAAAUUGUAUGAAUUGUAUGUGAUGAGUCUGCAAUUACAGAGGCUUACAAGUGUGAAUGAUUUGAUUCAAUAAACAGAUGGGAAGAAUUCAGCAAAAUGA